CAUCAGCUUUUAGGCAUACACAGCUCUAUAUAAGGCACUCUCUUUGAUCAUAUCUGUAUAACUCAAAGCAUUCUUUCUCUGCUUGCCUUUAAUUAUCUGCCUGUUUCUUCCAAAUUUCUCUGUAGUUCUAUUUACAUUUCCUUGGGAAUCCUAUGGCUACUGCAAAGGUUGUAUCGGUUCAAAGUGCACUUCAAGAGGAGAAAACUGAAGAAUCAAUCAAGGUUCAAGAAACAACAGCAGAAGAGGUAGUCGCAGCUCCAGCAACGGAAACUGUUGCUGAAGAGCCAAAGGUAGCCGAGUCUGCAGCAGCAUCUGAAGAACCUGUGGCUCCAGAGCCUGAAGCCUCAGUUGAAGUUGAAACCAAGGAGGUGGAAGAAGAGGCCAAGGUUGUCUUUGAGGAGCCAGAAGUUCAGAAAAAAGAAGAGGAGGCUCCUAAGGAAACAGCACCGGAGCCAGUUGUCGAGGAGAGCAAGGAGACUACUGAGCAAACUGUUGAAGAAACCAAAGAAAGUGAGGUAGCAGCGGAACCAGAAGCGGAACCAGAAGCAGAACCAGAGGCCCCAGUUGAAGCACCCAAAGAGGAAGUUGCUAAGGAAGAAGAAAAACCAGCUGAAACCGAGGAGAAGGUUGAAAAAGAAGCUCCAGCUGAGAAGACAGAGUAAUAAGCUUGUGACAUGCGGAUCAAUGGAAAUCUGUCCAGUGGGAGUGGCUACUGUUAGCUAAGUUUGCAUGUCAAAGUCAAUUAGUUUCUAUGUAGUUCAAUAAGGAUGUAGUAACGUAGACGAGGGUUGGGAUGACCCACCAAUGAUAACUUGUCGAAUGGCUAAACAUACAUUGGCAGAGAGAAUUAGAGAUGCUUCAAGUUGCAUUGGUGGGAUUUUCAUGGUCAUCUGUUCUCUGUAAGGGAUGGUUUCUUGGUCCCAAUCAGGUUGCUUAGAUUAAUGAUUUUGCUUGUAUGUUUGUUCCAAUAGGCACUAUGUAUGUUUUCUUGAUAAUAUUAAUAAUAAAUCAUAGUCUCUUUAUUUAACAUUUG